UAUGGGCGGUACUAGCCGUCGGCGGGCGGCGCGGUUGCUGGGGCGACCGUUAGGCGGCGGCAGACGCAGCCCGCUGGAAAACUGCUGAGACCCGGGCGUAGAUUGGAGCUCCAGCUACCGCGAUGGCUCACGAAGGCUCGAGGCAGGAGAGGCAGGCCCGAGACCGCGGGGUGACCCGAUCCAAAGCAGAGAAGUCGAGGCCGCCUACCGUGCCGGUGCCGCAGGUGGACAUUGUGCCUGGGAGGCUCAACGAAGCGGAGUGGAUAGCGCUCACAGCUCUUGAGGAGGGCGAAGGCGUGGUGGUGGACAUCUUGGACGAGUUGUUGACGCGAGUCAUGGACUCCGCCUUCAAAGUCUACCUGAAACGGCAGUGCAUUCCGUUCACCAUCAACCAGGCCAGGGAGGCCAUGCUGCAGAUCAUCGAGUGGCGCUUCCUGGGCCGGGACGAGGGAGAACGUGCAGUGGCCGAGGACCCCACGUGGGCUGAGGACGAGGAGCCCUCGGUGUGCACGACAGACGCCUGGGCUCAGGGAUCCGUGCCGGUGCUGCGCACACCGACCUCGCCCGGACUGGAACAGACCUUCCCAGGCGAAGACCGGGAGAGCAUGGACAACACCCCUUUAGCAAGAUCGUGGAUGGGUCAAGGCUCUCCAGAGCCUUCCCCCGAGCUGACAAUCAGCACGGGCCCUCCACCCACUCCGGAGCUGUUUGAGGAGGCAGAGCCCGGAGGUUCUUUAGAAGAGCUGGACGACCUAGUCAAAGGUCUCCAGCCCUCUGACCGGUCUUUGACGGCGACCCUCCCACAGUCGGUGGAGCCGACUCCCGCGGGCAGCCCCCGGCCUUCUCUGGACCUGUCCCGGGUAGCUAGCCGCCAGGCCUCCGCCGCGAGGGCACAGGCCCCCAGCCCCCAGUUCUCUCUCAAGGACCUGUACUUUUGCGCAUCCGGGACCGGCGCCACGGGGGACCUGCAGGAGCCCAAAAAGGGGGAGGUGCCGGGUGCCGCCUCCGGCGGGUCGGCGUCCAGCCCCUCUGUGGGCGGCUCCAGCGCGCUCAGCCCCUGCGCGUACUUCCCGCAGCCGCGGCCCCCGCGCGCCGACAGGCGGCCGAGCGGCCUUCACCACAGAGGGGGUCGCAGGGCGGCCUUGGCGCGCCUGGACCCCGCGCGAUUGCCGCGCCACUGGGUGCGCCCAACUUCCGAGGUUCUGAUCCCUGACUGCGAGGCGCGCCCUCUGGAAGCCUCCCGCGGGCGCCCGCGGAGCCGGAACACCGAAAGCCCGGCUGAGCCUCAAGCCCUCGUCCCUUUCCCGCUGGACGUUCCUUUCUGCACCUUGGACCGCGGUCCAAAACGCCAGUUCUCCACUUCAAGCUUAGACCUACCGUUGCCAGGCGUCGGGUCUAAACUGCCUUUCCCCACCCCCGGGCUCCGUUUUCUUGCCACGCACCCGGCGCUCACAGACGGGGCCCAAAGCCGCAGCCCCAAAGUGUGGCCAGGUGCCAAGUGGCUUAGAGGCUUGGAUGGGGAGGCUGAGUUGCUGGGCGAGCUGUGGGCGGACCGCGCCCACAUACCUCCGCAGGGCCGGGACCCUGGGCACCAGGAGGACCAGGAUCCUCACAGGUGGCCUUAUCCUGCGCCUCCGAUCCUCGAGGCCACGUCUCAGGUGAUGUGGAAGCCCAUGCUUCUGCCAGAAGUAAUGAAGCUGGCUCCUGGUGUGAGCUUGUGGAACCCAACCACUCAGGUGCUGCUCAACUCUGCUGAACCCCAGCAGGAGGGCAAAGAAGGCAGCCCCCCUCUUCCCAAUGAGCAGCAGCCCAUCCCGGCAGUUGCCCCAAAGCCCCUGGUGACUGUGGCACAGAUAAUGAGAGACUCAACCCCCAAAGUGUGGUCACUUCCCACAAAAGCACCUGCCCGAUUCUGAGCCCGAACCUCAGGCAGGGGGAAUCCCACCUUCCUUCUGUCUGCUUGCUAGAAAUAAACUCCUGAGUUGCCUUAAGAAUUGGCUUGAUGUCUCUGUCAGUUUCUUCCAAAUGUGUCUACUCUUACUGAACCAUAAAUGAGUUGUCCUGCAGGCCAAGAAGACUGACAUUGACUCCAGAGAGUAACCCAUUACCACCCUUAGGAGAACUGGCUUUAGACCAAGGCUGUUCCCCAGCAGAGGCCUUCCUGAGAACCAUCCUCCACUCCACAAAGGAGCAGACUUAAGGGAUGCCUGUGGGGUGUGGAGGAAGAAGACAGCUCUGCUUAAGCACAAAGUGAUCCAAAUACAUGAGGAAUUAGAUGGCUUGAAGCUGAGGCCAUAUCAUUUCCAACUGAUAUUUUUUGUUUUUUGAAGGCUUUUAUAUGGUAAUGCAGUAAUUUAUUCUGUUCAUUAAUGACUAAUAAUUGUGAACAUUUAUAUUAAUGGAACUUUAAGAGAAAUCCAACUUUCUAAAAAAAGUUUCUAUACUGUUUUAUUAAUAAGAGAGUUGAAAUAAUUGUGGUCAAAAAUUAUGUCAAAAACUUAUAGCAAAUUCCUGGUGUUAGUCUACAUACAAUUCAGUUUGUGGUGUAAUAAAGUUCUUUGGCUGCAAGAAAACAUUUGCUUUACUAAUAGGAAUAUCUCUUAAUGCUGGGAUGACCUCUUCUUGGUAUUUCUUCUGCU